ACCAAAUUGAUUCACAUCACAGGGUCGUUUUUUUUACUUUACUCAUGGUCAUCCUAACAAAGUUAACAAACCUUUCGUUGGUGGUGACGACGUCGUAUUUUGCAAACAAAGAAAUUAAUCUAAGUUGACCUCACAUGAUAAUAAUCAUCAAGAAAGAAAAUAUAAGAGAGCCACAAGACUUACCAAUUUGAGUACAAUCACAGUCUCAGUAAAGUGAAUUGAUUGUGAAACAAAAUGUCAACUCCUGCCAGAAGACGUCUGAUGAGAGAUUUCAAGCGCUUACAAGAAGACCCACCGACCGGUGUGUCAGGUGCUCCCACUGAUAACAAUAUUAUGAUCUGGAAUGCUGUGAUAUUUGGACCUCAUGAUACUCCAUUUGAGGAUGGUACCUUCAAACUAACAAUUGAAUUCACAGAGGAGUACCCAAACAAACCUCCAACAGUUAGAUUUGUUUCUAAAAUGUUUCAUCCCAAUGUAUAUGCUGAUGGUGGGAUUUGUUUAGACAUAUUACAAAACAGAUGGAGUCCAACCUAUGAUGUGUCGGCCAUUUUAACCUCAAUACAGUCGUUGUUAAGUGACCCAAAUCCCAACUCCCCGGCGAACUCCAUGGCUGCACAACUAUACAAGGAGAAUCGGAGGGAAUAUGAAAAACGUGUCAAAGCUUGUGUGGAACAGUCGUUUAUUGAUUAGCACAGGCUUAUAGAGUUGAAAUGUACACAUUGUUUGGAACUGUGCUAGCAUCGGCAUCCAUCUUACAAAGUCAUUGGGACAUGUGUAUAAGUUAUAAUUAAUUAAUAUUUAAUCAUCGUACACUGGGCACUGCCAUUGCAUGGCAGUUAGAUAUGGAACGAACAUUUUUGAAUCAUAUAAUGUCACCCGUAGAAUAAUAUUGUGAUACAAUAUAUUAAUCAACAUUAGAAUAUGUAUUAUAACACAUUAAAAAAAUAGAUGGUUGGAUUACAUACAUUUAAUAACAUAGUAAUAGUGAAUUUGAACAUUUUUCAAGUGUAAUUUGUGUACUGUCAUUUAAAAAAUUUAUUGUGUACACAGCACACCCAAAGGUGUUGUUCUAGUUUUACGUAAGCAUUAUGUAUGUAGGGAGCGGGGGGUUAUUGCUUUGCUUAUUUUUGAUGAUAUGAUGGUUAGGGGACUAUGGUGAUUAAACCCUACGGAUUGCAUACAAAUAAUAACAUAGUAAUAGUGAAUUUAAACAUUUUUCAACUGUACUUUGUGUACUGUGAUUUAAAAAAUUAAUUGUGUACACAUACGAGCACACCCAAAGGUGUUGUUCUAGUUUUAUGUCAAGCCUUAGGUAUGUAGGGAUCGGGGAUCUUUGCUUAUUUUUGAUGACAUGAGGGGAGGGGAGUAUAGUGAUUAACCCUACACACUAUGCUUGAAAAUAAAACACAUUCGAAGAUUCCCAAGAGUGAAAAAAGUGCAUAGAACAAUGUUUACGUAAGGAUGAAAGGGACUGUAAGAACUACUUACUUUUGCUGACAAACAACCCUCCCCCCGUGUCAGCAAAUGUUUGUAGGGGUAAAUAAUUGUAAUAAAUCUGCUUACAUAUUACUUGAAUAGCAAAAUUUCAAUCAAUAUUUUUAUUAUUUCAUAGAAAUUAAUAAGAAAAUAUUUUUAUUAUAAAUGUUUAUCAUUUCUUCAAUUGUAGUUUCCUCAAGAAGAGUUGUGAAUUCCUAUGUACUAUUGCUUAUUAAUCAUUAUAAUCAAUACUUAACUCCUAAUUAUUGUUCAACACUUGCAUAUGUUUUAGCUGAUAACUGACCCAGUUGGUAGUAUAACAGUGGAAUGCACAUUCUAGGGGCACCUCUAGGAAAUCAUUCACCGGUUGAGUGUCAAAUUCUCAAACAAAUACAAGGUUAAAUUUGACACUCAGUAGCUGAAUGAUCCUCUGGGGGUGCCCCUACAACGUCUACGAAUUCCACUAUAUAGUAGUAUCACUCUUAAUAUUUGUCUUCAUAAUAUAACUAGAUAUGCUUUCGUUUAUAACCACUGCAUCUUUGGAGUUCAGGAUUUGUGAUUAUUACUAAUCGACAUUGUUAUUUCUUGUGAAUAAUAAAUAUACCUAUGCAAUAAAUGAUAAAUCUUUUUUAAGUAUUAAAAUAUAUUUAUUUCAAUUACUGCAAUGUUUACUAAUUAUAAUUAGUAUGAGCAAUUUUAUAAAAUUUACUUUUACAAAUACACUUUUGAAUUAUUAAUGUAUUGUAUUUUAUUCAAAAUUACACAUAAGAUUACUUGAAUAUUGCAAUACCAAUGUGAAAGAUGUCCCAAUGAAGGAAAUUGUUGAAGCUACAUUUCACAAGAGUGUGGUUCCCAGAUACCACUUUUACAAAUAGGUGUGUGUAUAAUGUUUGUCAUCUAGUAAAUAUUAUUUUUGGUUUU